GUAAGGACAAGUGUAUAAAAAGCUCGGUGGAUCUCUGGAAAGUAUCACAGUGAGCUUGCGACUCAACCAAGAAACCUAUCAAGAAGCCUACAGUAAAUCAACUUUACAAAAUUUUCAAAAUGAUCUCAAUCAGAAUCAUCCUCGUUGUUGCUGUCUUCACAUUGGUUUAUGCCAUAACUGUCGAAGCAGCUUACAAAAAACCACCAUUCAAUGGAAGUAUUUUUGGAAAACGAUCUUAUGCUGUUGCUGAUUAUGAAGCAUUUGGUCGAGCCUUCAGUGCAAUGUGCGAAACUGCUAGUGAAGCAUGCAAUGCUUGGCUUUUGCACCAAGAAUCCAACUAAAGAUUAUCUGUCGACAACGUUUCUCUUUCUUACCAAUUCACGAUACAACAUGAACAAUCAAUCCUCUUAGUUAUCUAUUUAUGAUAAUUUUGCAAUCGAACAUUCACCUGUUGGCUUCAAGAAAAUUAC